CAGGUGGCGCAGUUUGUUGACAACAGGUCAAUAGAGGGAUGAAGCUGUCAGCCAAACAGGGCGAUGUCAUCUCUUCACUCUUUAAUAUCCUGCUGUAAUUAAAACGCGUCUAACAAGCAUCCAAACGGGAACCUUCACCACAAACUCAGAGUUUUGGACGGACUUUCAGGACCAGCUGAGUUGACUUUGGAACAGAAACAUGGCGGCUCAGUCGACCCCGCCUUCCAUCCUCAGAGAGUUCUGCCCGCUCUACUACCUGCUGAAUGCCAUCCCAGCCAAGGUGCAACGUGGAUUCAGGUCCGUCCUGGUCUACCUUACAGCUCUGGACAGCAGCAGUGACUUCCUUGCGGUGGGCAGCAGUAUUGGCAUGUUGUACUUGUACUGCCGCCGCCUUGCACAUAUGAACAAGUACAGCCUGGAGGGAAAGAGUGAUCCGAUCACAGCUGUGAAGCUGCUCAGCUGUUUUGAUGAUCUGGUUGCCGUGGGAACAGCAUCUGGUCGAGUUGCAGUCUUCCAGCUGGUAUCUCCACUUCCUGGUCGAAACAAACAGUUGAGGCGUUUCGAUGUGGUUGGCCUACAUAAAGGCUCUGUUACGUCAUUGGCUUGGAGUACCAACGGGAUGAAACUUUUCUCUGGAGACGAUAAAGGACGAAUUGUCUUCUCCUCUUUGGACCUGGACCAGGGGGUGUGUAAACCUGUGCUGCUGCUGGAGGAGUCCUCAGGUGUGGUUCAGAUGGAAUACAGUCACCAGGUGCUGCUGGUCUCAACACAGCAGAGAUCUCUGCUUUACUGCACGCAGAAACAGGAAGUCCAGCAGCUGGGCACCAAGCCCCGCAAGAGCAGCGGCAGGUUCGGAGCCUGCUUCCUCCCGGGUCUCUGCAAACAGAGUGAUCUUCAGGUGUUUGCUGCUCGACCUGGACUCAGACUGUGGAGGUCUGACAUCAGAGGACAGGUGGAGGACACUCGACUGCUUAGGCCGCUCUUCAGCACACAGACUCCACAGUUUGAGUUGUUUCCUCGUCCUGAUCCAAUCGGAGCGUACCGUCCGGCAGACAGACAGCUCGGCCUGCUCAGCUGUUUCCUCAGAGAGGGCUGGCUUCUUAGCUGGAACGAGUACAGCAUCUACGUACUUGACUGUCUUAACGAGGUGAUAAUCGGAGUCUUGGAGAGCAGUGGAGACAUUGUGUCAGUGUCGUGUUGUGACAACGAGAUCUUCAUCUUGAAAGGAGACAGGGACAUUAUCCGUCUCUCCAACAGCCCAGAAGGACUCCCCUCCAACUUGUCGGAGUUCUCUGUCCGUCUGUCUUCACCUUUGGCCACACCCACCAUCCUCCCGCCAACCGGAUCAGUGGAAACGGCUCAGCCAAUCCGAACCAUGGCUAUUAUUGUUGAGGGUGGGGGGCGGGAAGAAGGAGGAGGAGGACAGGAGAGGCACAUUGAGGAGGGAGAGAAUGAGGAAGAGGACGAAGGAGUGGAGGAAGUGGAGGAGGCGGAGGAGCAACUUGAGGUGACGGAGCAGCUUUGCCAACGGUCCGAUUUUUUCACCAGCAGCUCUCGUAGCCGCAGCAGCUCUGUCACUUCCUGGGACAGUCUCCAUGGAAACACUCCGGUGACCACAUCCUGUGAGCUGAGCUCCAGACGCUACAGUGCCCCCCUGGGUCAGGGGGAGAUGCAGCAGGAGCUGGUGGUGAAAGCCAUCAGAGUGAAGAAGAAAAAGAGGAGACGACAAGACAGCAGGAGUGGGAACCGUCUCUCUGACAGCAGCUGUUCAGACUCCAUGCUCGUAGUCCAGGACGGCAGUUGUAGCGAUGGAGGAAGUGGGACUCCUCUGAGUGACCAAGCCUCCGUCCUUGGUCUGGACCUUCGGAACCAUGACUCCCCAGAACAAAACCAGCGCCAGGACUCACAGGAGGCAUGGGGUGGAGGUAUAAAGGACAGGGAGGAGGUGGAGUCUUCCUCCAGUCAGUCUUGCUCCAUCCUCCCCCCAGGCUCUCUGCUCCUCCAAGGUGUGGAGAACCAACUGAAUCCAGGAAAGACCUCUGGUCCUAAUCCAGAGGCAGAGGUUGUCCCCCCAACCCCAGAUGUGGAUCUGCUGCUGGAGUGCACAUUCUCUUACAUGCACAAUACUGAGGAGGAUGAUGGACAGGAGCAGCAUCCAAUGGAAGAACAGGAGGAUGAGUUUCAUAGCCCUCUGAUUGAACCAGAGGAGGAGGAGGAGGAGGAGGAGGGUGAUGACCUGGCACCCCCUGCUGGUCUGGUGGACCAGAUGUUUUACUCCACUUUGUCCAGUCUGGACAGAAAACCCAGUAUGUCCAGUGAUGAAGAAGCAGACAUCUACAGUCAUACUGUUCCCCCUGCUGGCAGCAUGGGGUUGGCCCUCAAUUGUCCAUCCAAUCACACAGAGAAGACAACAGAGAAACAGUUUGGCCAGGAUGCCCAGGACAGAGAUGUUCACAAACCUGAGCAGUUGGCAGAAAGCUGGAUGGGAUACUCUGGACCAGGAUGUGGAAUACUGAGCCUGCAGGUGACUGAGAGGUAUGUGUGGUGUCUCGACUUUAAAGGAGGACUAUACUGCAGCACUCUGCCUGAAACUGGACUGACCUGGCAGCGCUUUGAAGAUAACGUCCACCAGAUGGCACUAUCACCUUCAGGUAAUCUGCUGUGGAAGGUGGAGCAGAAGAGCAUGACUGCAUUUGCUUGUGCUAAAGUAUCAGUUAAAGGGAAGCGUCACUGGUACAAAGCUGUGGAGCAAACGGGAUUCGUGGCUUUGAGUGACGACUCUGCCUGGAUCAUCAAGACCAACGGAGACCUCUACCUGCAGACAGGUCUGAGUGUGGACCGCCCCUGUGCUCGCUCGGUGAAGGUGGACUCUCCCUGUGUUUUCAGCCAGGUGUGUGUGAGAGAAGGCGUGGUCUGGGCUCUGAGUGAACACAAAGCUUUAUUCUACAGAGAAGGACUGAACAGCUACUGCAGCGAGGGAGAGGGCUGGAAGUAUGACACUGUCAGUGAGGCUCAGGGUCUGGAGUUGAUGUGUGUUGCACUGGGAGAUGGUGGUACAGCAUGGGCACUGGAUGCCAGUGGCAGCCUGUGGUUUAGAACUGGUAUCUGUUCAUCCAGACCACAGGGUGAUGAUGACCACUGGUGGCAGAUCAGUAUUUCAGACUACGUGGUCUUCGAUCAGGGCAGUCUGUUCCAGACGCUGCUGCAGGCCACCCAGAGUGUUGCCACAGUCACCAGGGCACCAGUGGAGCGGGUCGUGGCCUUUCUGUCCCAGUACUCACAGUGUCAGCCGAGCCUGGUUAGUGCCAACACCAGCGGAGUCUGGGUCGCCUCGGGAAAGAACCAGCUGCACCUUGCCCGUGGCAGUCUCGUGGGAACUUUCUGGCAGAAUGUCGUUCCAAGAGGAACUGUCUCAGCCACAAGGUGGACCUUCAUCACUUCUUCAGCUGUGCCUCACAGAGAAGGCACGUUCCUGUGGUUGGCUCAAAGCAGGAAGGAUCUGUUCUGUGUUUGGGAUCAGGAUGGAGAGCUCCGACCCUCUUCUGUCCCUCUCCCGCCUGAGGUGGAGCUGAUUCACCUGUCUGCCUGCCGUGAUGCUCUGUGGGGUUUGGACACUCAUGGACGAGUCAGCAUUCGUACACUGUCUCCUUCUUGUCCCGCCGGGCUGCACUGGACCCCCCUGGACCUCAGUCAGCUCGGAAGUGUUCGUCUGGUCAGUGUGAGCUGCGGCAGUCAGAAUGUCUGGGCCGUGGACAGUCGAGGAGUUGUUUACUUCAGAGUUGGAACCCAACCUCUGAACCCAAGCAUGAUGCUCCCAGCUUGGAUCCACAUAGAACCACCUGUGCAGCCAAUAGGAGUGCAGCUGGUCAGUAUUCAGACAAGUCCGAACGAUCAUCUCCUCUGGGCGUUGGACAACAGAGGAAGUGUCUUUGUCAGGACUGGACUCAGUGAUGAGAUGCCUGUGGGGACGGACUGGGAGCUGGUACCAGGUUUAGCUGUCAGUCAGCUGGUCCUUAGCUCCCGGACAGUUUGGGUUCGGUGUGUAAAUGGAGACCUGGCUCGACGUUACGGCGUCUCUGACAGAAACCCUGCAGGGGAUUACUGGAAGAAGAUCCCCGGAAAUGCUAACUGGUUAACUGUGACUCCAGAGGACGAGUUGUGGGCAGUGACUCUUAUUGGUGGAUUGUCCCGUCGCCUGACAAAGCUCCUCCUACAGACUCCCUGUAGGCCUGUCCCCUCAGGCCCCUCCCUCAGCGGGGAUGAUGUUGAGGACGAAUGGGAGCUCAUCUGACCCGUGACAUCCCUGUGAUGUCACCACAGUUUGGUGUUGGUCUGUCUGAUCUGGAUUCACCUGAAUGAUUCACUGUGAUGUCACAGUGUCCAGUAACACCCCUUCCUGUUUACAAAUGUCAAAUGCAAUGUACAGACAGGAACAGAACCUGGGCUGUGUGAUGUCACUGCAGGACCAACACUAAGCAGGCAGGUGACAUCACUUUAAUGUUUAGAGGACAGUUCUGAUGAAGAUUGUGUCUCACAGGAAGCCCAGUUUCCUGCUGGGAAAUGAAAUGAAAUGUGACUUUUUUAUGUUAAGAGGAAGCACUUUAAUCUCUGAAGGGACAGCGGACUACAGAGGGCCUCGUUCCGACUGAACCAAACUGGUUCUAAAUCUGCAAAAUCGGUUUAGGUCAGGUUGGGUCACACUGGCUCUUACAGGUUCUAACUGGUUCCAACUGGUGCAGAUGAGCUCUUCAUCAGCUUUUCAUUCCAGUUUCAUUCACUUUAGCCUGACUGGUUCAAACUGGCUUUCAUGGGUUCUAAAUUUGCUAUUUUUUUGUCAAGUUUAGUUCAUUCUCUUUCAGUUGGAGCGACCCAUUGGUUCUAACCAGUUUGAAAAAAUGUUUUUUACCAGUUUAGAGUGCUGUGGUUGCUCGCUCAGACUGGUUAAGAUUUUUUUUUUGCAUGCCAGUGAAGUUCAGUCUGGUUCCACAUGAGGCCAUUAAAGGGACAUUUUACUGCAGAGGAACAUUUUGGUUUAGAUGAGGGAGCUCAUACCAGUUUAGACCGGCUCAUACUGGUUUAGAGGGGCUCAUGGUGGUUUACACUGACUCAUACUGAUGUCCAGUGGAUCAUACUGGUUCUAGCUAGUGGUAACUGGUUCAAAAUGGAUAAUUCUCUCUCAGUUUGGUUCAAUUAAAAUUACAUUUACUUUUGCCUUGUUUGGUCUGGUUCUAUUUCUCAACCUAAACUCUCCAUCACUGCAGAGGAACAUGCGUACUACAGUUUAAUCUGGUUCUCAUGGCUCAAUCCCAACCAGUUCUAACUGGUUCUCUAUCAACCGGUGUUCAGUCUGAUUUGUUUUAGUUUUAGUUUGUUUACGAAAGUGAGAUUCAAGCUAAUUAUGAAAUUUCACUCUAGUUAAUUUAAUGAAUGUAGAACGUAAUGAUUUAUUUUUAUUAGUGAAGUGGAAUAUAAUGUACGGGGGACUCCAACCUGCUGAUGGUUUUAUUUGGUUUUAUCUCUUUGAUCAACUGUAGCUUCUUUUUUUAUUGUUCAUUUUCUUCAUUUUUUUUGGAAAGGAUUGAGUCAUUGACUCCACCAAAACCAGAAACUGGUUAAACUGGUUUUCAGCACUGACUCUGCUCCUCUAACGUGGACCAGACUGUACCGGACCAACAGACUCAAUGGGCUGUGUGUUGACUGACGGUUCUCUGAUUCUAGUUGCUGGUUCUCCCGAGGCAAUGUUUGGCACUUGUCUGUCAGUUACCAUGGCAACAGGCAGGACCACCAACCCACUGAGACUGAUUCAAGAAAACAUGUAAAAAUGUAAAUGUUUGUUGUUGAAGCAAGUUUAGCUCAGAAAUGAUUCUAAUGAAAUAAGAUUUAAAACAAAACCUGGACUGUGGUGGACUCUGAUGGACCUUGAUGAUGGUAGUGGACUCCAGACCUGAUGUGAGGUUCAGGUCUCAGGUCUGAACUGGAUUUAUAUUAAAAAAGUGUGGAAUGGUCCUAAUCUUCAAUUAAUAGUCCUCUCAUCUUUAAGAGUGAAUCUUCUUCUUCUUCAUCUUUAAAAGUUGUCAUGGAAACCUGAGCAGGUGGGACUCCAUUGGGAUGUCAUCCUGCUGUCAGCUGAUUGGUUGGAUGUUCUGACCAGUAAAAAUGAGUGUAAACUCACCUCUUGUGUGACUUAAUUCAUUAACUUAAUAAAGCAUCAGCUUAUUGAUCACUACCAGUGAUUAUUGAUUAUUGUGUGGAUGUCACAGCAGGGUGUUCAGUUUCUGUGUUCGUCUUAAUCUUCUUCUUAAUCUAAUCUUUGUGCUGCAUUCAACACAACUGACCAUCACAUCCUACACAGACUGGAACACUUAAUUUGCCCUAAGCUGCUUUAAGUCCUACUUUUCAGAUCGAUUUAUGUUAAUGAUGUUUCCUCCAUGCACGUUAGUCAUGGAGUUCUGCAGGGUUCUGUGCAUGGACCGA